ACAUGUUGUAUUUGUACUGUUGUAGUGAUGCAGUCACCUUUCUGAGUGUGCCCUGGACAACCUUAUGUUGUAUAUUUAAGUGGAAUAACAAACUUUAAAAGAACUAUUCCACAUAACAAAAAUAAAGUUUCCGCUCUUUUGGAUUAUUUAUUGUUGUGGAGAUGCGAAAAGCUAGUUUAAGUUGUCUAUGUAGAUAUAAAAAUAUACUUUGAAAUAAUGAAGGAACAUGAAUUAUUAUUGAAUAUAGAUAAUAAAGAGAUUUUGAUUGAGAUUCUUAAUCAUUCCAUAGACUUUUUAAUUGGAAAUCAAGAUGAACAACAAACGAUGCGCAUGUCACACAAAUACGGGUUUCACAAUCCUGAUGACUUUCUAUUAACAACAAAAAGUAUUGCAAAAUUCUAUCGUAGUAUCUGCACUAGCGAUGUAAAUAGUGGCCAACAAAGCGAUUUUGUAAGAUCGGAAUUAUCCAACCUUACACCGGAAUUUCAAAAAAUUAUUACAUCUGCUUUGCAGUCCAGACGCAAUGAAGUACUGUGUUAUUUGAUACGAGAACAAAACGCUAAUGAGUAUCCUCUAAUCGAAUCAUUCGAUUGGGAUACACGUUUAAUUCUGGGCGAUAGCAGUUUUGCACAAAAUAAUAAAAUAUUAACAACUUUAAGCUUGAAUUUGCGUCAAAACCAUCGGCGAAAUGAUCAAAUGCAGCAACUGCAUAUUCAAAUGGAUUAUAACAAAUUAAAUGAAUUUAUUAAAACGAUUGAAGAUGCUAUUGUCGAUUGCAAAUAGAUGAUCAAUUAUUAUUAAUCUUAAUGGUAGCAAAAGUAUCAAAUACAUUUUAAUAAAUUAAUAACUUAAAUCAAUAAUCUCCGCGAUUUAAAAAAAAAUAUGUAUGUAUGUAUGUAUGUAUGUAUGUAUGUAUGUAUGUAGUUUGAAAAGUGGAUCGUCAUAGAUAGCGGAGUUGAUUUAUUAAAGCAUGAAAAAAAUAUUUGUUUUUCAUGCUUAUAUAAAUAAGCAACAAUUACAGUAAAAAGUCAGCUAUAUAUUCAAUGACGACAUUGUAUAGGAUUAUAUCCACCACUAUGUCGUCAACGAUAAACCACGUAUUUUGUUUUGUUCUGUUGGCUUCUUUAAGUUAUGUAUUUUGUUUUUUUGUGAAUUCUGUUCGUAUAUUUGGAUGUAGGUUGGUUUUAUUGCGCUGUUUAAUUUGUUUUUGUUUUUCUGUAUCUUUCGUUUUGUAUGUUUAGAUCAGUGGUGCUCAAACACAUACUACCAUAGACUACCAUAGGUAUACCCUACAUCACCUUAGUGGGGAGGGUAUAUUGGGUUUGUGCUGAUGUUUGUAACAUACAAAAAUAUACCCUAUACCCACCUUAAAGUAUACCAAUCGGCUUAGAAUCAUUUUCUGAGUCGAUUAAUUUUCAAGAUAAU